AUGAGAUGCUGCCCCCGGGGUUCGAACAAGCAAAAGGAAAGGUGCGCGGCAAUUCUCUUCGCUUCGGCCGAGCCUGUCCCUGCUGCCGUCGCGUUCGCUACCGCUGCUGUUGAAGACAGCCCAUGGAACAACUGGGAUGUGCAAUCGAUGGCGGGAAUAGUGCACAUUACAAACGAAAUGAGCAAGCUGUCGAGGGAGACGUCAGACGAUGAGGGGCCGCAAGCUGACGUCAACGGGCGAAAACACCGGAACACGAUUCCACAAGACGCACCCAUCGACCAAGAAAGAGGCAGCAUGACCCGAGAAUGUGUUGAAAUUUCAUCUGGAACGAAAGACACCGCUCCUGCCAUGGAUAAGGUACAGAACAACAGCAGGCAGAGAAGAGAAUCGAAGACGCGUUCGGAGUCCAAUUCCGGAGGCGCCCUCGAGGGGCAGCGCCAGCGCGAAGAGGAUACUCAGAAGCAUGUGGAGGAGAAGACCCCGAGUCCGCGAGAAGGCGUAACAUCCCACAGCAGUCCUCGAGCCAACGAUGCUCUCAGAGAUGCGAGUGAUAUGGUCAGGCAGGAGCCGAGCCCUCUUUCGUCUCCAGAGGGACUCGUGGCACCGCCGAUGUGGGAAGAGGACAAGGGGGUGGAGCUGGGCGAGACGAUCGAUGUCGAUGGAGCACAUGGAGCACGUGGCAGUGGUUCCAACUACGGGGGCGGUGGAGAUACAUCGUGCCCAAGAACUCCCGGAGAUGUCAGAGCAGACGCGUCGGGUGCUGGUGACGACGACCCUGCUCCACAGCUUCUUCAUGCGGGUGAAGCAGCACCGUUGGCGACAAGCAAGCGUCCCGAAGUCGCUACAUGUCAACAGCCUGAGGAUCGAAUACACUCCACGUCUGGCAUGAAGACUUCGUCGGCACCAGCAGCAACAACAGACAAUGUGAAAGCCGCAGGAACCAACGUAACGUCGAACGAGCAAGACAUACUAACAGCACGGAGCGGAAACUACUCUUUGGAACGGGGUGACGAAACAUGGGCCUCAGAACACCAGAAGACCAGGGACCAGGCCAAGAGACUCGCCCUAGAAGUCGCACGUCUGCGGUCUUCGUUACGUACCACCACUUCGGAGCUGAACACAGAGCGGUCUACUCGCGUGCGACUAGAGGACGAAUGGUGGAGACGAAUGCAAGAAUGGGAGGAGGAGCGCGGCCGUCUUGUAGCAUCUAAGCAGGAAGCCGAACGGACAGCAAGAACAGCAGAGGAGGAUGUGGCGAGACUGCUCGUCAAGGAGAAGGACCGCGAGGGGGAGGUCGCGUCGGAGCGUUUGGCCCGAGAAACAAGGCAAGAAAAGGCGGACAUCGCGAUGAACGGGGUGGUAAAGGUCCAGGAUCGCCUCAUCCAGGCUUUGCGGACCGAGCUGGAGAUGACCGACAGAGCCAGGCAGGCGGCUCAGGAUAAUGCUCUUGAGGCCAAAGAUCAGCUCCGCCUUUACGUUGAUGACUUCCUACUCUGGCGCAACCGUGCGAAGCACCUGGAGGGCCUCUUGAUAGAUCUGGGCCACCCACCGCAGCCGGGGUUAAACACCGAAACCCCGUUGUCGUGCGGCUCGCCAUCUUCGAAGGAACACAAGCUCCCAGAAGCCCCCCAUCGACAAAACGUUGACGACAAAGAGCAAGAAGCGGACUCAAGGACACCUGUCGCAGGGGAGCCAGUUGAGUACGGUGGGAGCAGGCAGGCGGGCGACGGCGCUAAAGGCCUGUCGAUUCCCGAGAAGUACGCACGAUACUUCGAAACCACCACUGGCGGACACCCCGCCCCACCUUCGAACCCGGCCUUUCCAGGCACGCAAAGGACAGAAGCUUCAGAGCUAGACUCGGAGACAGCGGCAGCUGCGGCAGCGUGGUCGACGCGGGCGGCAAUGGCGGAAUCGUCCUCAUCUUCCUCUUCGUCACGGGCAUACUUCCAUCGGUCUAUGAAGGCUCAGCAAGAGAUUUCCAUCCGACUCGGGAAAGACCUGGCGAGAGCCCGCGCCGACUUGCAGUCGAUCUACGAGAGCAACAAGGCAAAGGCCAGGCGUGGCGGCGGCGAGACCUCAACGUGCCACGGCAGCUUGUUGCAUGAAACCGACGGGAAAAGUGAGGCUGCCUCGUCGGAAAGAGCGCAAGGUAUUGGGACGGGAAGAAAUGGCGGCGAAAGCCCAUCCGACGAGCGCCGAGUUCAAGACCGGACAGCAGUGCAAGGCGUCAGCGCCCCGGCCGCUAGCUUUCCCGAAGGCUCGCACAUGGCCCGAGUACUGGCAGUUUUGCUCGGCGAAGACUCCACCGCCAAUGGGACGGCAGUAGCGGGGUUGUCGGACGCACCGACCCCCUCAUUGCGCUUGACCGACUACCCUCAGAUGCUUCAGGCUGUGUUUGGCGGGGGACCAGCAGCGCCUCUUCCGGAUUCUGCUGUGACCCACAGGCGACGCGUCGUGGUCUCAGAGGCACCGCAGCGUGGACAAACUGGACAAGGCUUGUAUGGGGAUGACGACGAAGGGCGGUUUCCAACACAACAUCCGUCGCGCAGCCGCACCCUCACCGAAGAGAAACAGCAAGCUCGAACCACACAGAGUCACGCUCGAGUCGACAGAAGACAUGGACCCGGUGCUACAGGGAGGAACUGUACAGAAGUACAAGUCCACAACAGAACUUGCGGUGGCAAUGGAGGCAGGGGGGAUGCAGGCUGUCGGCCACAGGACAAGGCUGCGGUGGAGGGGGCGUCCGGGAUACCUGAUGACGUGGACCCCGGGGGGGGCGAGAGCCGCUCGUUAGAUAGAGCCUUCCGCGGGUACGAGGCAAAGAGCUCCCUUCUCCAAAGGUGGCUGGGCGAAAAAAAAUCCCCGUCGCCGUCCCCCUCUCGGGCAAUGCCCGUUACAUAG